CCUAAACGCGUCAUCGUUUUCCAACUGUAAACACGUGUGCAGAGCGGAGAGAACCUCACUGUCUACGGAGAAAUAUUUAAACGGUUAAACUCGGUUUUUUAUUGUCCUCAAAAUGGCAAAAAGCCUCCGGAGCAAAUGGAAGAGGAAGAUGCGCGCAGAGAAGAGGAAGAAGAAUGCCCCCAAAGAGCUGGCCCGUCUGAAGCAAGCUCUGAGCCUGGAUAAGAAAGGAGAAGCUGUGAUGGCCGACGUGGAGGAGAUCGCCACUGUGGUGCCUGCUUCCAAGAUCAAGAAGCAGGCAGAUGUAAACAUGGCAGAGGUGGAGGGUGACGAUGGAAAGAUGGACUUGGACAGCAAGCGAAACAAGACGACUCUGCUGGAUGAAAAUGGCCAGUACCCCUCAUGGAUGAGUCAACGGCAGGCCAAGAAACUGAAAGGCAGACGGAUGGCAAAGAAAGGUGGCCAAGGCAAGAAGAAGAAAGGACUCUCCUGGUGAAAUGGGAGAAGAAGAAAAAAAAAAAAAGAACUUUUGUUUGCCUUGGAGACGAUUGAUGCAGAAACACAGGAUGGCUUCAUGAGAUCUGUAUAGUUUCUGCCGUUUGAAUCUCAUUGUGUUGCAUGGAUUACAACGCUCAUGGUUGUUCCUCAGAGCCUGUUGUUGUUGUAAAGUCGUUCACUGCAGGAGGAGUUUCUUUUCUUGCAGGAAAGCAGCUUCACCAAAUGUUGGGAGAAGUGUUAAGUAACCUUGUGCAAAAUGUCAGAACUUUAAGUUCUUUGUCUUUAUUGUAGAAACGCAGACGACCUUUGUUGAUUAAAUCUUUUCAUACUCUGAUAAAAAAAA